AUGGCCGAACCAACCGAAAAGGAAAAGAUGCUACGCGGCGAGCUCUUCCGCGCCUUCACACCAGACCUAGUCGCAGCACGAGCCCGCUGCAAAUACGCCUGCAACCACUUUAACAAAACAGACGAAGUGCCUCGCCGACGACUAGUCGAGCUAUGGAGAGACACAUUAGCCAACAUAAAUAGUAUCAUUGACGAUCACACACCACUUCCCGCCCAAUUAGACGACCCCGUCGCAGACGAAGAACAAUUCAAACACGAGCCAUGGAUCGAAGCGCCUAUCAAAGUGGACUACGGGUUUAAUGUGACGCUCGGCGAAGGCGUCUUUGUCAAUUUCAACUGUGUUUUCAUUGAUAGUUGUCCUAUCACUGUUGGUGCGCGCACGAUGUUCGGACCGAAUGUUAAUUUGUUUGCGGGGACGCAUCCGCUGGAUCCUGCGUUGAGGAAUGGGACUGAGGGGCCGGAGAUGGGGAAGCCGAUUACUAUUGGGGAGGAUUGUUGGAUAGGGGGAAAUGUUAUUGUGCUUCCUGGUGUUACUAUUGGGAAAGGGGUGACCAUUGGAGCGGGGAGUGUUGUUACCAAGGAUGUGCCGUCGUUCCAUGUGGCUGCUGGUAACCCGGCUAGGAUCAUUCGCAAGAUUGAAACGGCUAUGACGGAAUGA